AUGCUAGCCACCUCUCGAGCAUCACCAUCACUGCGUCUUUUUUCGGCCACCAUUCAUAGCUUCAGUCUUAGACCCAACAGUAACACAGCUUCUUCCAUUCGCUCCCACGUGGUCCGCUGCCACUUCUUCUCAUCUACUGCUGCAAGGAUGGCCCCUCCCAAGUCCGCCUACGGCUUUCUUGACUUUGUCAACGGCUCUCCCACUCCCUACCAUGCCGUAGCCACCUCCGCCGCCCUCUUUGAGAAGGCCGGCUUCAAGCUCAUCCGCGAGCGCGACAACUGGGCCUCGGUCGUCCAGCCCGGCGGCAAGUACUACCUGACGCGCAACGGCUCCUCCAUUGUCGCCUUCGCCGUCGGCGGCAAGUGGAAGCCCGGCAACCCCAUCGGCAUGAUCGGCGCCCAUACCGACUCCCCCUGCCUGCGCGUCAAGCCCGCCAGCAAGAAGAGCGCCCACGGUUUCCAGCAGGUUGGCGUCGAGCUCUACGGCGGCGGUCUCUGGCACACCUGGUUCGACCGCGACCUCAGCGUCGCCGGCCGCGUGCUCGUCAAGGAUGGCGACGGCAACUUUGUCCAGAAGCUGGUCAAGGUCGACAAGCCCAUCCUCCGUGUCCCCACUCUGGCUAUCCACCUGCAUCGCCAAUCCAACUUUGACCCCAACAAGGAGGAUGAGAUGCUGCCCAUCCUCGGUCUGAUGGAGAAAGAGCUCAACAAGCCCGCUGAGGCUGCUGCCCCCGAGAGUGCGACCGAGGAGGCCGAGGCCGACUUCCAGCCUCUCAAGGCCAUGACGGACCGCCACCACUCGCAGUUCCUCUCCGUCGUCGCCUCCGCCGCCGGCAUCUCGUCCGCCUCGGACAUUGUCGACUUCGAGCUGAUCCUGUACGACACGCAGCCCUCGUGCCUGGGCGGUCUCAACGACGAGUUCAUCUUCUCGGCCCGCCUCGACAACCUCAACAUGACGUACUGCUCUGUCAUGGGCCUCAUCAACUCGGUCUCCUCGGAGUCCACCCUAGACAACGACACCUCCAUCCGCCUAGUCUCCUGCUUCGACCACGAAGAAAUCGGCUCUCUCUCCGCCCACGGCGCCGACUCCAACCUUCUCCCCGCCAUCCUCCGCCGCCUCUCCGUCAUCCCCUCCCUGAACGCCGACUCCACCGAAACCACCCCCGUCUCCGAAACCGCCUUCGAGCAAACCCUCGCCACCUCCUUUUUGGUGUCCGCCGACAUGGCCCACUCAGUCCACCCCAACUACGCCGGCAAGUACGAGGCCAACCACCGGCCCGAGAUGAACAAGGGCACCGUGAUCAAGGUCAACGCCAACCAGCGGUACGCGACCAAUAGCCCCGGCAUCGUGCUCCUGCAGGAGGUGGCCAAGCGCGCCAAGGUGCCGUUGCAGGUGUUUGUGGUCAGGAAUGAUAGCCCGUGUGGAAGCACGAUCGGGCCUAUGCUUAGCGCUAAGCUGGGUGUCAGGACGCUGGAUUUGGGAAAUCCGCAGCUGUCGAUGCAUUCGAUCAGGGAGACGGGAGGCAGUUGGGAUGUUGAGCAUGCUAUUGGGUUGUUUAAGGGGUUCUUGGAGACGUAUGGGGAGUUGGAGGCUAAGAUCUUUAUUGAUUAA